AUGUACAGGAGUGUCCGUUGCCUUUAUAAUUGGAACUGUGCUAACAUGGAGGACCUUGGCAUUGACAGUUGUAAGGGUUCACAAAGCUGGGAUGCUGGUGAAGCAUGGAUAAUAUGCAGGAGGAUUGAGGUGUUAGAAGAAGAUGGUUGUGUCCUUGAAUCUGCUAAUGGAAAUCCCACUUUUGAUUUUCGAAAAUCUGAAUUAGUACCUAUAAAUGUCAUUGAUUUUGGAAAGGUCAAAGUUGAAGCACCGCGUGAGGUCCACAAACAACCACUUGCCAAGAAGCUUCCUAAUUAUAAUGUGACGGUGGGUCGUUGUUUCCAGCCUAUUUAUGUUUUAAUGUUUGAUACAUAUUCCAAUCAAAUUCCAUUUUUUAAAGUACCUGAAGUAGUGGUUAAGGUCGAAUGUAACAAGGGUGUUAACCUUAAAGUUUACAAAUGGAGCCCAUCUAUAUCAUUUGGCAUGUCGGCUCUCAUACUCAAGGAUUUGAUCAUUGGGAGCUCUAAUUAG